AUGCAUCACAUCUCCUCGUCAUCGUCCUUUCCUCUUUACUUUCGGUUUGAAGCAGUCAUCACAUCUCCCCGUCGUCAUUGUCGGAGUUCUCUAAUCUCCGAUAUAGCUGCUUCUCGGUCAAAAAGUGGGAAGUCGGGUGUGAUUGAUGAUCAUGAGUUCAAAAGAGAAGAUGAGAAGAAGGACGAAAGAGUUGAUAUGGUUGUUGAUAUGAUCAAAGCCAAUCAUGACUGGGAGGAAUUCGUUUGGGAAGUUGAGUCUCUGCCAACAAACAAGCUCUUUUCUGAAGAAGAAGAAGAAGACGAUGUUGAAGAUGAAGAUGUUACGGAGCCGCCUGUUGUUGCAGAGAAGCCGACAGUUGUUGUCAAGAGGGAAAAACGUAAGCACCAUGAUCCUGGUGUCAAGUCUCGGAAGAAAGAACUCCUAUGUCAACGAGCAGCUGAACAUAACAGUGAUGUCUCCGGUAAAAUGAAGACCUUUAUUCAGGGGUUGUUCACCUCUUUCAAGGACAUGGUGCAGAAGGAGAUGCAAGAGCGUUUUGACAAGGUCGACACUGAGGUGGCUAAUAUCAAAGAAACAAUAACUCAGAUUAGGGCUCCUUCAGAUGCACUCGGGAAAAACACAGCAGCUGAGAUCCCGACACCUUCAGGACCGAUUGGGAAAGAUCAAGGCAACUCUUCACAGAGUCCGGGUACUUUAUCAACACUUGGGAAAGAUUAA